AUGACCGAGCCCACCUUCAUAUCCGGCGCGGAUGGCAACGAAGUCUUCCAAGCUAAGUACAUUCCGAAACAGAAGCCUCCUACGGCUUUGGAUCAUCCCAGUAUGAAAGCAUACAUUUCAACUUUCCCUGCAUUGGGUCAGAUUACUCUGAUUGACAAAAACACCACCAUCUUCACUGCCUUAUUGGAAAUCGAUUCUAGUCGAGCUUCAGAACCAUGGCAAAUUUCUUUGUGGCAUUCGGAAGGAUCCCAAUGGCAAGAGGUGCCAAUGGAUCCAUUGAGAGAUGAAAAGGCCCAGCCAACAGCUCUACAACCUUCAAUGAAAAGUGAAGAUGGUCAUCUCACACGACUAUACUUUACCACUCCUCUAGCAAUCCACUUACCCACGAGCUUUACCGUCAAGUUUCGAAGUAGUCCGGAUCAUGCGUGGAAGUGGGUAAAGGAUCAUCAAGGAACUUUUGAUGGUACCAUCAUCAUGAAAUCCGUCACAAGCCAAGAUGCAAUAUCUAGCGAGUUGAAGGAUUACGUUGAAGGGCUCGAUCCGGCUUUCAAAACGAAGAACUACAGAAGUCAGAGUCCAGGUACUACUUUAUGGACUGUGGAGGUUCCUGUUGAAGCCGCAGAUGGGGAAAAGUCGACGAUCAAGGAAGUUAAAUUUGGUUUACCUUGGGGACAAGGAAAAUUCUCGAGGUGGUUCGCUCUCAUCCGAAUAUGGUCUCCGUGGUUAGCUCCACGACAAGGGAAGUCAGUCUUUGGAUUAGACAAGGAAGCUGUCACUUGUUCUUUUCUAAGUAAUUCUGGAAAGCAUAUAGUUUUGCUAGCGAUCAGUGGAGUUAACGAUGUCAUGACCACGUUCAAAAAUGAUGAGGGUGGAAACGUUGUAUUGCGAAUUCGAAAUGACGGAACUGGUGAGGGGACCUCGCAAGUCUUAGUCGGCCUUGGAGACGACUUUGAGUCUGCUAACGCUGCUGUGAUGUAUCACGCGAGAGGAAUUGUGGCAGCUGCGCAGACUACCACUGGCGAGGUACAGAAGGAGUUGGAGGCACUUAAGACUGGAAACGAGCAGACAAAAGUUUGGGCGGAAAACUGGUAUGAUGGGCUAACAUACUGUACCUGGAACGCUCUUGGUCAACGUCUAACCGAGGAUAAGAUCCUCGAUGCUGUGGAAACCUUGGCGAAGAACAAAAUCAAUGUUACAAAUUUCAUCAUCGAUGAUAACUGGCAAGCGAUUGAUUACCGAGGUCAUGGCCAAUUCCAGCAUGGUUGGUCGGAGUUUGAGGCUGAGAGAGAAGCAUUUCCAAAUGGACUUAAACACACAGUUCAGAAGAUCCGCGAAAAGCAGCCAAGUAUCCAGCACGUGGCCGUCUGGCAUGCAAUUUUGGGAUAUUGGGGUGGUUUGGACCCCGAGGGAAAAAUUGCUAAGACUUACAAGACAGUUGAGGUUGUUCGUGAAGAUGCUCUGCGCCGUAAUCUUCCUCUUGGUGGCAAGAUGACAGUUGUAGCCAAAGAAGACGUGCCCCGAUUCUAUGACGACUUUUACAAGUUCCUCUCUGCGUCGGGAAUUGAUGCCGUUAAGACAGACGCCCAAUUCAUGUUGGACACAUUCGAGUCAGCAAAAGCCCGAAGUGAUCUCAUCUCUACGUACCUGGAUGCUUGGACUAUCUCAACCCUUCGACAUUUUAGUAUCAAGGCUAUAUCUUGCAUGUCGCAAACGCCGCAAAUUUUAUUCCACUCUCAACUUCCAAAUACUACUUCACCGCUACUAGUACGAAACUCGGACGACUUCUUUCCAGAGAUCCCUACCAGUCAUCCGUGGCAUAUCUGGACAAAUGCACACAAUGCACUAUUUACGCAACAUUUGAACGUUAUCCCAGAUUGGGACAUGUUUCAGACUGUUCAUGAAUACUCAGGGUUCCAUGCUGCGGCGAGAUGUGUCAGUGGUGGACCAAUAUAUAUUACGGAUGUACCUGGGAAACAUGACUUCAAUUUAAUAAAUCAAAUGACUGGUCCGACUCCACGUGGAAAGACCGUGAUCUUUCGACCGAGCGUCAUGGGAAAGAGUUUAGAUCAAUAUAAUGGGUAUGAUGAUGAAAAUUUGCUUCUCGUAGGAACAUACCAUGGUCGCGCAGUAACUGGAACGGGAAUGAUUGGCGCCUUCAACGUUUCUGGUCGCCCUCUCAGCGAGCUUGUACCACUUUCAAAGUUCCCUGGUGUUGUUGAAGCUCAACUGUACGUAGUGCGUGCUCACAAUAGCGGAAUGGUAUCAAAGCCUAUGGAGGUUGUUGAUAAGUCAUCUUUAAUCUACAUCUCGCUCGAGGUACGUGGAUAUGAUAUUCUUUCGGCGUACCCUCUUCGUGGAUUUGUCGAUGAAAAGCACAAUGAAACUACUUGGGUUGCAAAUCUUGGACUCCUUGGUAAGAUGGCUGGAGCUGCGGCGGUGGUUGCCACCCAAAUCACCAAACUCGGUAACGGAAAGAUUUUUGUCGACACGAAUCUUAAGGCUCUUGGUGUUCUUGGUCUUUACGUUUCUAAUCUUCCAGAAAUCUCAUGGCAAGAUAGAAUGAUGGCGACAAUAUCUGGGAAGGUGGUACCAGUUCAUACGAUGUCUGUCAGCAGUACCAGUAAGUAUGUUCUUGAAAUUGAUGUUGAGAAGGCUUGGAAGGAACUCGAUCUAGAAGCUGGAUGGAGUAACGAGGUUGAGAUAAAGAUUCACAUCAAUCCUGCUUGA